AUGACCAUGGAAGAACAAACUAUAGACGGUUUGACAGAAGACCUGGUUCUUCAGUGUCUUGCUCGUCUUCACUACAAGGACAUACUUUCCGCAUCGUGGGUAUGUCGUAAAUGGCGUCGUCUUCUACUAACUCGUCAUUUUUACAGCAUCAAGAAACAACUGGGAUAUACGAAUCAACUCGCUUGCUUUCUUCAGCCUUCUUCAUCUUCGCCACCCGGUUCUGAUCCAGUCUUCAAUUUUGUUAUCAACCUGUUAGACCCGAUGAGUCGGGAGUGGAACCGACUUCUCCCGAUCCCUAAUUUCGUAAAUAGGUUUUCUGUGUCAACUAAGAUUGCUAGCGCUGACGGAAAACUCGUUGUGAUUAGCAAUGUUCGUGACUUGAAAACUUCCUUGUUCGUGUGGGACUUUGUGACUCAGCGAUGGUGGAAAGGCAAGGACUUGCCGUCAAUUUUGCAAUUCUCCUUCGUGGUGGGUGUUGAUAGUCAUAUAUUCAUCGGAGAUUACAAAGGUAAUGAAUUCAACUCGGUUUGGGCGUAUGAUAUGAUGAAGGACGAGUGGACCAAGUUGCCUCAGAUGAGUCAAAAGCUAAGUUAG